AUGUCUUCCAAAACCCUCCUCGACAUGCCCGACGAGCUCCUUCCCGCCAUCCUCGAUCACCUGAAAAAAGAUUCAUACGUUGCCAAGAACCCUCUUCUUAUCGGUGGUGUACGCGAACUCGUCAUCGACGAUACGACAUUUCCCACUUGCAUCAAUGACUGGAACACUUACAAGCGCGCCGUCACUCUUUGGGCAUAUACCCAAAAGGACCCGGAUUUCGAUGAGGAUGAGGAUGACCUCGAGGAGUGGGAAAUCCAACGUCGUUUCGAUGUGUCCAGUUCUAUGGUAAUAACUAAAUCGAUGUGGGAGCAUUUUAACAGCGGUAUCAAGGGGCACCACGAAAACCGCCUGGCUCAUGCGGAUAUUGCCGCUCUCAAGGAGGCUCUACCCAAGAUGAAGUCCCUUUGCUCGCUUAUUGUGACUAAUUGCACACCUUUUGAGGAUAGGCAGAGUGACAGCCCCUUUGCGAGGAUGUGGAGGUCUCCCCCAUCUGGAGGCGGUCGCAGACCUUCGUGGGGAGAACGACCCUGGGCUCCGAGAUGUGACUGGGAACCACAACUUGGCGAUGAGCCUGACCCUAAGACCUAUUCUUUGGAUUGGCUAGAUGACCGAAUUUUCACGACUGUGCAUCCAGGUGAGCCUGAUGGGUACGACGACCCGUACGAGAACGACGACGUCGUGUACACGCGUGAUUACUACAACACUUACAAAUCUACUAUCAGAGCUGCAUGUAAUGUUGGUCGCGAUCCUCGGAUCCUUUCACGACAGGCCCGGGUGCUCCAUGUCGCCCUUCACGUUCUUGAAGACCCCGAUGUCGGCCCUCAACUCCAAGAGUUCAGAGUGGACUCAUCUGACUCCACAAUUUCCAGAUGCAGCCCGGGACUUCCUAUCACACUUUUUGGAAAUCAAUCACCGUUCCCCGAUCGUCUCUCGCGAGCCUUUUCUACAACAAAUAUGACGGAGCUGUACCUCAUACUUAGUAACUUUGACGAUGGUCAGAAAGGCAGAAACAUCAUGGAUCACGGGCGAGUAACCCAGCUCCUUUCAUCUACGCCACAACUGGAGCAACUAUAUUUCGAGCCUCACGGGAUGACUACAUCAGGUGCGCUCCCACAGAUAACAUUCCCUCGCCUUCACACAGUCGAAUUCUCCUGUGGCGAAGUGAACCCCGACAAGCUCAUCGGCUUCCUUGAGCGUCAAGGGUCAGUUCUUAAAACUCUACACAUCAGCAAUUGCAACAUCCGUACCGAUCCGGGACAGCUCUGGGGAGACGUAGCAGACCAGAUAAACCACUUGCAGCGCGAAAACGUUACGAAUCUUCAGGAAGGCCCUUUUUGCCAAAAUUGGGUUGGCGAAAGCCAAGCAAGGUGUUGGGGUUUUCCGCAAAUGGAUCCUGAUUAUAGAGAAUCUGAGGACUGCGUGGACUGGUACCUUGAAGACGGCAGGCUCUUUGAGAAAGACAGUUUCGAAGACUGA